GUAAUCUUUUGGAUGUUACUCUCGUCAGUGUGGAAGGGUCUUAUAGUUACGUUACUCUUUCUUUUAUUUUAAUAUUAGUUAUUUAUCUCUCGACUUCCCUCUGCAUCCACUGGCCGUCGAGAAUAGCAUGUGUUGCUCCAGAUGUGGUGCCAUUGGCUUCUCUGUUACAGACGAUAGUCUCUAUUUUUGCCUCUCUUGUGGUGGACAAUCUCAAGAUAUAUUUGAACAUGGGAUUGAUGGAGCCUCUCUUGUGGUGGACAAUCUCAAGAUAUAUUUGAACAUGGGAUUGAUGGAGAUAUGUUUGAUGGUAUCUAGAGACAUGAUAAUUCUAGAAAAAUAGAUUACACCCAGGUCUCUGAAACGAACACGACGAGAUCAAAACCCUAGCUUCACUUCAUAUGCUCAAUAGGAGCCAAGAUUAUGGUAAAUCUUCUGUUUUUUUAGAGAGUGAGGAAGUUGAGGAAGGAUGUCCUGCUGAGUUUGGAAGCCAGAAUAAAAAUCCGAGCUACGACGAAGAGAUUGCGGAGGCCUUGAGGAUGAAAUACGUGGAAGGGAUUCAGAUUAUGAUUCAGUUGCAGUGCGAGGUGGAGAAGUUCGGUGUGAGCCCAUUGGUCUGUGGCUUGGUUGGGCCUAUAUGGAUGAGGUAUCUUGCUUCGACUAAGGUUUUGGAUGAGGAAUGGGCUAAUCAAGAGAUUAUUGCAUCUGAAUUUUGCUCUAGAAAAAAAGAAGAGAGAGGGCACCAAAUGAAACUACUUUUGUGCUUGAUUGAAGAAAGGGAAAUGUCGAAGUAUAUAAGGUUAUCUCAAGAGCCCUGCACUUUAGCUAUUUCUUUUCUGGCGUGUCUAUCCAGAGAGGCUAUCCUGCCUACCGAUAUAGCUAAAUGGGCAUCAGAGGGAACAAUUCCAUAUUUGGCUGCUUUUAUCGGCAUUGAUAAAUGCUUGAGUAAAUCUUCAAAGGCGUGCCCGUUGAGCUCAAGAUUGUUAUUCUGUCCUAUGCAAGCGGUGGCGGCGCAGUGCAUAGAGAAAGCUGCCUCCUCUGUUGCUCAAGAUAUAGGCUUGCACCUUCCUCCUGUGAAUUUCUAUUUAAUUUCUUGUCGGUAUGUAAAAAAUCUAUCACUUCCAGAUGAUAGAAUUCUUCCAUAUGCGUGCCGGAUAUAUGAGUGGUUGUUCCCCCCUGACUUACAAUUAUCAUCGAAUGACUGCCGGCUGCCAACUCGUGUUUAUGUUUUCGCCAUAUUGGUCAUAGCGAUCCGACUGUUGUACAAUAUAAAUGGGCUACGGCAUUGGGAGAAAAGCUUGCUUGGUUUUUGUGGCAAUUAUUCCUUGGAUGAACAAGACAAUAAACAUGAAAUGAAAAAUGAGUUUCUCCAUGCUGAAAAUGGCCAACUUGAUAGCUUUCUCACUGGGAAAGUGGCCAACUCGAUAUCCACCCCGCUUUAUCAGAGUUCUGAAAGGGAGGCUAGCAAAUUGUUACAACAUCUUGAAUCCACUUAUGACAAGAUUAUUCUUAAACACGAUUAUUCGAAGGACAUGACAACUUACCCUAAAUACUGUAAGGAUGUUGUAUUUGCUGGAUUAGUACCAUCAUAUUCUGAGGGGCAGACAAUAACGAAGGCUUAUCUUAUCUAUCGGAGGAAGGUGGUUGAUAGGAGGUAUACAUACUUGGUCCAUGCAGAUUGUUACAUAUUGAUUUGGGCCUUUGCCAAGCGUCAGCUUAAUCCCCAGACCUUACAUUUGGCCUUAUUGAGGCUAGACAGGAGGCUAUACUGAAUUGAGGACCUGAUAGAUAGACACUUGCAUGCUUUGUCCAACAUACACAGUUGAGCUGAAUAAGGGAGAAGAAAUUUUGUUGGUGUUUUUGUUUGUAGUUUUGGCUGGGUAAAAAACACAACCUUAAGGUUGAAUUGUUAGCUUGAACCUGGGAAAUUUUGUACCGGUGAAACUGAAGUUUCAGGAAUAGAUCCUGGGUGAGUCAAAUCAAUACAAGGAAUGAUGAGGAUACCCUUCUUUAA